AUGUCAAUGAAAGCCUGGACCUUCACCCGCCGCGGCCACACCCUCCACACCCUCCAACUGACAACCCUCCCGCGCCCCGACCCCACUAACCUGCACGACGACGAACUCUCCUCGCUCCUCGCCUGGGUCGUGCCCUCCUUCAUCCGCACCACCCCCUCGGUACCCGAAUACGACUUCUCCGGCCGCGUCGUCGCCACCGGCAAGGCCGUCUCCCACUUAAGCGUCGGCGACGAUGUCUUUGGCGCCAUCGCGCCCGGCCAGCAUGUCAGGCUGGGCCGGGGCACGUUGGCCGAGUACGUCGUCGCGCAGCGCGACGGGGUCUGGCGCAAGCCGGAGGGCGUGUCGUUCGAGGAGGCGGCGGGGCUGGGCUGUGUGGGCCUAACGGCGUUUUAUGUCGUGAGUAAGAGUGGGUUGAAGCCCGGGGGUCGGGUGUUGAUUAAUGGGGGGAGUGGUGGGGUGGGGUUGUCGACGAUACAGGUCGCGAGGGAGGUUUUGGGGCCCGAGGGAACGAUUGUCACGACGUGUUCGGGGAAGAAUGCGGAGUUGGUGAAGAGGAUGGGCGCGGAUGAGGUGGUGGACUAUACCCAGCAUGCAUCUCUACCCCAUUAUCUGGCGUCGACGUACUCAACGAAGCCCUUCGACGCCAUCAUCGACACCGUCGGCACCAGUCAGGCCCUCUAUUACGGCUCACCCAAGUACCUCGCUCAAGGAAAGCCAUUCCUCGCGAUCGGCACGCCCAUGGGCGACGGCCUCACCUGGACGAACCUCUUCCGCAAUAUCUCCAUGCAGGCAUCGAACAACCUCUGGCCUGUCUUUCUGGGAGGGACGCCCCGAACCUGGACUUUCAUCAGCUCGGAACAGGCGGGCGUGGACAUCUGGAAGACGCUGCAGACGGCGGUGGCGGAGGGGAGGCACAAGGUCAAGAUUGACAGCGUGUUUGCUAUGGACGAUGCGAAGAAGGCAUAUGAGCGGAUGUUCAGUCGAAGAGCGCAAGGGAAGGUUGUUGUAAAGGUUCAGGAUCUUUGA